CAUCUCGUUCGCACACCUGCAUUGGCAAGAGAGCACAAGACGAUCGACCGUAUGUGACAUCAAUGUCAAACACAACAAUAACAACAACAGCAAUGGCAUUUCUGAAAAAGGACGUUCAAAGAGAAAGCAGUCAAAUCCUGAGCUAUUACUUAUCGUUGAAUAUCAGUAACAUUUGCCGAAUAUGUCUGGAAAAGAGCGGCAAGUUGACGCCGAUUUUCGACCCCAUAAAACCGCCACACUUUUCCCUGCUUAUAAUGGCUUGUGCCUCAAUUCAGGUGCAAGAGGGAGACGGCCUACCGGGGUACAUUUGCCAGAGGUGCAUUUCGCGACUGAACAUAUCCUUUCAGUUCAAAAUGCUGUGCGAGUCCUCGGACUUGAAGCUGAGGCAGUGUUUUGAAAGCUGUCCGGCCGCGCCGAAUUUUCCAGGCUUUGACGCCAAAGAACAUGCUGCCGGCGUGGAUAUUCCACCUGGUGAUCAACCCCUAGUUGGAGGUGUGGCGGAAGCGGCCAUAUUCGCCCCCUGCCAGCCAACUGAGAAAAAAUUCGCCAACCUGGAAGUAAGCUGUAGUGCUGAUGAAUCCAUUAAGGCAACCCCUGGAGACUUCAAAGUCGACCCUAGUGAAGAAGAGAAGUAUAACAGCCCUAUUAAGUUGGAAAAUCUAAGCUUAGAAAGUGGAAAGGCGACGAGACAUGGCAAAGUCCAUCAGUGCAACACUUGCGGUAAGGCCUUUAAGACGAAGCCCAGUUUGGUGCACCACGUGAGGAUCCACACUGGAGAAAGGCCCUAUGUGUGCCAUUUGUGCCAGAAAAGCUUUAUCAACGGCGGUCAUUUGCACACGCACAUGAAGACCCACACUGGAGAGAAGAACCACGUGUGUGCCGCUUGUAAUAAGGGUUUCGCAACCACACAGCAGCUAACAAAGCACACCAUUGCCGUACACACCUCGGAACGGCCCUACAAGUGCAACUAUUGCUCCAAAAGGUUUGCCAGCUCCAGCAACUUGACCACUCACAUCAAAAUACACACAGGCGAGAAGAAUUUCCACUGUGAAGUGUGCGGGAAGACGUUUUCCACCAAGGGCCAAUUGCAGCAGCAUCUUUUGGUGCACACGGGCGAGAAGGCUUUUCUGUGCGAGUUCUGCAACAAGAGGUUUUCGCAAAAGGCCCAUUUGACUCGACAUCUGAAGAUCCAUAAUAGGACAGAUUGAGUUUCCCUCUUUACAUGUGGCUGUGUUAAGGAACGAACUGAUUCCCAGUACUGAACUACCAGGAUGAGUAUACUGUAGGCUAGAGAUGGAUGUGACGAGCAAUACCUAAGAUGCAAGUGAAAUUAAUUAGUAUCCAUUAAAUUAUUUAAUAUAUGAAA